GUUUGCGUUAAACCGGUCCGAAACAGUCGUAUUGAAUUGGAACGUUGUAUUAUUCAGAAGAUCGCCGCGUGCGCAGUCCCGCGUCGCAAUAAAUAUUAAAUAUGAUCAAAUACAAUAAAUUGCUAUAUAUUGUGAUAGUCUUGUUUUUGCCGCCGAUCGACGGACAAAAGUUACUUAUACCAAAGAGAGCCAAUGCUACAAGUGCACAUAAAUUAACACUAAACGAUGUGGAACUGGAAGUACCUGAUAGUUCUUUGUUACUACUAGACCGGCUGAAUUUGAAGAAAUCAACUACUAUAUCAUAUAUGGGGAGGGCCAGGCCGAAGCAAACUCAAGUAACAGUGGCUCCUGCGACAGCAAUUACAAAUUCUUCAUCUUCAUCAUCAUCUUCGGAGGAAUCACGUCCGUGCACCUGUACCCUUGGAGUAUGCAAAUGUUGCACAGGCCUUAUCAUGGAUCUGUUCAACCAGAAGGCAUGUAUGAGAGUUACGUACCAUCCUGGCGACUUCGCUUUCGAUGUCGCUAUGUCAUGGAACGAUCGGAUUCUUUACGAAAAUUCUUUAACAGGAAAAAAUCCCCGCCCAAUCUGUAUUAGCCCACCGCGAAUGAAUAAUUUAAAAGUGUGCGCGAAGUUCUACAACGUAUUUUUCCCGGGGAGAAACUUUCACUUUUGCCUCGCCAUGUUUGGUCAGUGGAGGAAGUUGGAGCUCUUUAACAUGGCAUUCGAUUGUUUGAGGAUGGGCGCCGACGGCCUAGCGAUGAUGAGACCGGAGGACAAUGGCGGUAUCACUAUACCGAACCCUCAAGGAGGAGUUGAUGCCGUUGUGGAUUCAGGAGAUGACAUCGAAGACUACGACGAAAAUGUUGUGAAAUCACUCUUAGACUUAUUCGACAGAAGAUAGAGAACGCAUGGAUACGAAU